AUGGCGUCUUAUGCAGCUCUCGGAUCUCUCCAUCAGACUUUGGGGUCGUCAGUUAGUAAGGUCCACUCAAUUCCUGGAAACUGGUCUUCCUCUGGUAAUUCUUGUGUGCCACAUUGGAGAUUUAACAAGAAUAGCAAGUACACGCUUGUGUUAUGUGCAAAAGCCUCUAAAUCUUCCACAACAACCAAAAGUGAUGACUCAUCUGAUACUAGUAUGUCAAACGGGAAGAACGCUGUUCGACGGAUAACUUUCCCGAAAGAAGUGGAGGCACUGGUUCACGAGAUGUGUGAUGAGACUGAGGUUGCUGUGCUGAAACUUAAGGUUGGAGAUUUCGAGAUGAACCUAAAACGGAAGAUUGGACAGGCCGCAAAUCCCAUUCCCGUGGCUGACAUAUCGCCAACAAUAGCACCUCCUAUUCCUUCUGAACCCAUGAAUAAAUCUGUUUCUGCUGCUCCUAGCCCAUCUCAAACAAAACCUUCCUCUGAAAAAGUGUCUCCAUUUAUAAAUGCAUCGUAUCGGAAAUCGUCAAAGUUAGCUGCUUUGGAGACAUCUGGGAUUAACAAUUAUGUUCUAGUCACAUCUCCCUCGGUGGGCAAGUUUGAGAGAAGCAGAACUGUAAAAGGAAAGAAACAACCUCCUAGCUGUAAAGAGGGUGAUGAAAUAAAAGAAGGCCAAGUUAUUGGAUACCUUCAUCAGUUAGGAAAAGAACUUCCAGUGACGUCGGAUGUAGCUGGGGAAGUCCUCAAGCUUCUUUCAGAUGAAGGAGAUUCCGUAGGUUAUGGAGAGCCUCUCGUUGCGGUCUUGCCAUCGUUUCAUGAUAUCAACAUUCAGUGA